AGUUCUACACCACACAGCAGAGCACAAACCAUGAUAUGGACACAUAUGCUGCCAUGGAUCAAUGCAAUGCAGCAGAUCAGGAUGAACUGGAGACAUUAAUGGAGUUGAAGAGGAGAACAAAGAUUGCCAAAUUUAGGAAACAUAAGAUUGCAGCUGAGCAUGUAAAUAAGGUUAAGCAGAAGCUACCAAUUCUUCUAACUGGAGAUGAUUCAGAUCUGGAUGGAGAUGAGGACUAUCUUCAGAGGCUUAAUGAGAUGAGGAAGCAAAGAGAGGAUCCACUCAUUCAUUUUGAUGGAGACACUGAUGUGGAUGAAGUGUAUGAGGAAGAUGAGGAAGGGCAGCAUGUGGAGGUGGAGCAAGAGGAGCAGGUGGAGCAGCAAGAGGUGCCUACAAAAAAGAAGAAAGCUAGAAAAGGGCCAACAGAGAGGUCACAUUCUAGCUUGGAACAGAGAUUUGAGGAUGUUUGGGCACCAUCAUCAGAUGAGGAGGCAGAUCUUGGUGUUUUGAAGCAGGAAUAUGAUGAUGGAGUUGAGGAAGUGCAAUUUGUUCUGCCCAAUGGAAAGAAGAGCAGAUUAGUGAGAUCUUUGCCAAGGAUCUGGUACAGUGAGGAGAGAGAGAGCCAAAGGAGCUGUUUUGCAGAAAACUUUGUUUCCUCAAUGUGUAUCAGUUUAGGAGAGCAAUUCAAACAUUGCACAUAACUCAGAAUAAGAAUUAUGAGUUCUACAGAAACUACAAUGACAACAUCAUAGUUGUGUGCACAAAUGCAAAAUGCCCUUUCUUUAUUGCAGCUUCUGUUGUUGCAAAUGAGACUACUUUUUGCAUAAGGAAGACAAAUUUUGUGCACACAUGCCCAGCAGUAGGAGAGAACGCCAAGGUUACUGCAAAAUGGGUUGCACACCAGUGUGAGGCAAUGAUGAGAGUUGAUAUUGGCACACCAGUCACCACAAUAAUGCAGACACUGAAGAAGAAAUAUGGAAUAGAGAUGUCCAUCCAUAUGGCCUACAGGGCUAGGAAGCAAGCAUUGAAGGUUGUCCAAGGAGAUCAGAGAGAACAAUAUAUUAGAAUAAGAGAUUAUUUGCAGGCUGUGUUGGAUACAAACCCAGACUCUAGAUGUGUUGUGACUACUAGGCAUCUGCCAGAGCACCCAAGCAAAACCCCUAGGUUUCAUGGCCUCUUUUUCUGUGUAAGUGCUUGCAAAGAAGGGUUUUUGAAUGGAUGCAGGCCAUCUAUAGGUACAUUUCAUUUACUAAGUUGUGAAUUGUUUAUGUUCUCACAUUACAUACACUAUCUUCUCACAAUUGUCAGCUUUGCAGGGGUAGAUGGUUGUUUUAUCAAGCUAUCAACAAGUCAACAGAUCCUUACUGCAACAGGAAGGGAUGGGAACAAUGAUAUCUACCCUAUAGCAUUUGGAGUUGUUGACAAAUAGGACAAAGACAGUUGGACCAGGUUCUUAACAUAGCUUAAAGAUGCACUUGGUGGAGAAAGUGGGAAGUUUGGUUAUUAUACCAUCAUCUUUGAUAGGCAGAAGGUAAACUUCUCUUCUCAUACAAUAUUGCACUAGAUUUCUUGGUUUCAUAUGCACAUUGCUCUAGCUUCAUUAUUUCAUUGUUUCAUAGGACCAAUGCUUAGCUUUAUUUCCCAUUGUUUCAAACAGGGGCUUUUAAAUGCAAUAAACCAUGUUUUCCCCAAUUUUCCAUGAAGAUUCUGCCUUAGACAUAUCUAUCAGAAUUUCCAAACUGCUGGUUUUAGAGGUGAUGAAUUAAAGAAACACAUGGAUGUAGCUAGCUACUCUUAUACUGAGAAUGAACACCUUGAUACAAUGAAUGCUUUGAAAAGAGAAUGUAAGACUGCUUGGACAUGGCUUCAUAAAAUACAUGUUCAUACUUGGGCUAGGCAUGCUAUGGAUUUUAAUUACAAAACUGACCUGGUAGUUAACAACAUCAGUGAGGUGUUUAAUAAAAUGAUAUUAGAUGUCAGAGGCAAGACAAUAGUGACCAUGAUAGAAGGAAUUAGGACAAAAUUGAUGGUCAAAUUUAACAAGAAUAGAACAAAGACAGAGACAACAAACUGAGAGAUUUUCCCUACCUAUGCUGAAAUGUUAGAGGAGACAAAGUACAACUCAAGGUGGUGCCAAACUUUGAUGGCUGGUCCUAACAUUUACCAAGUGACUAGUGGAGAAAACACCUACUCAGUGAACUUGUUGGACAGAACAUGUGGAUGUAGGAAAUGGGAUAUGACUUCUAUGCCUUGCCAUCAUGCAGUUUCUGCAAUAGUGAAAGCCAAGUUGCAGCCAGAGGACUUUGUGGCUGAUUUCUUCAAAAAAGAAAUGUAUAAAAAAGCAUUUGUACAUAUCAUAUUUCCUGUGCCUGGUCCUAACCUGUGGCCAAGGACAAGAACUCAGGACAUAGAGCCUCCAGUAUUUAAAGACAAGGUUGGGAAGCAACAGACAAAGAGGAGGAAAAACCAAUUUGAGAAGCCAGCACCAAGAGAUACAUCUAGGAUGGCAUCUAUUACUUGCAGCAACUGCAAACUUGUAGGGCAUAGAUACAAUGUUUGCUCCAAGCCACUCAAGCCAGCUCUUGCUUUGAGAAUAAACCAACAUCAGCCAAACAGGUCACAGGCUUCUACUUCAACAACAAAUGCAUCUACAACUGCUGCACCACCAAGGAAGAGGCCAUCUUCAUCUACUGCUGCACCAGCAAGGAAGAGGCCAUCUCCAUCAACUACUGCUCCUACACCUGCUGCCACUACACCAGUUGCUCCUCCAAGGAGGUCUCCCAGGAAGAAAGCUACACCUGCUGCCACUACACCUGCUGCUCCUCCAAGGAGGUCUCCCAGGAAGAAAGCUACCACUGCUGGUACAACCUCUACCUCUGCUGCAGGAAACAGGUCAACCUUUCAAGCUCUAAGACAGAGUGGAAGAAAAAGGACUUCUUCAUACAAGUUGAAAGAGUACUUCUAUGCUUCUGGGAACUAGAUGCCUUUGUCUUUGUUGGCUUGUGACGCCUUUGUGUUGGUUGUGAACUAGAUUAUGCCAUUGUUGGCUUUCAGAACCUAUGAUGCCAUUGUUGGCUUUCAACUAGAUUAUGCCUUUGUUGGCUUCCAGUGAAGGAA